AUGCCCCAUACCGUGCAGCCCUCCGGGGGCCCCAUCCCCCUCGGCUCCUCGGUCCCAGCCCUCACAGCCCAUGCCAUCUCCGUCUCCCUGCCCACCUGGGAAGACAACGUCGGCUACGAGGAGGGAGAUAAACGAGUAGUCGACAAGAUGGAGACCGGUUACCCUCGCUUCUUCAUCCACAGGAGUAUUCAAAAGCUUGCGGCAUUAUGUCUUGCAAAAUUCGGUCAGCCGAAUGAGCUCUGCAUCCUCCUCCCUACCCCCAAAGUCGCUGGCGAAGGACGGGACUUUCUCGCCAAACGGACUCCCUCGGUCCAGUCUCGAGCAGUCGAGUUUGUCAUUUGCCCCUCCGCCAACUCCCUUAUCGACCCUUCUGCGGCCAAGUCUCUAGGUGUCGAUUGCAUCGAGCUCCAGAUUCUCUUGUUCAGCAAGGAGCACUGGCCUUUCGCCAAGGCAUUCUGGCAGCACACUGGUGACGGUAUCACUUCUCGGUGUGCUGAAAAGGCUCUUGCGUUCCUCGGCGAGACUCCGGCUGGUGUUGAACCCAGAACCGCGUCGCCUCCCGCCCUGGAAAGACCGGCCAGCAAAGCCCCGAGCACCCGCAAUAGGCACUACUCUCGCCGGACUACCUCUGUUCCUCCUACCCCCACUACCCCCAACGACUCUGCCAACAACACUCCCUCUUCUUCCAUCAUCCUGGACAAGCCCUCGGCCAACCCCGUCCCCGUUUCUGAGGAGAAUCUGACACCCGACUUGACCACCUAUCUCGAAGAGCGAUACGGCCGAAAUCUCCCACUGUUCAAUGCCCCUCUCGCCAAACAGGCUUUGAAGAGGCGUAUUGCGGGUGGAUUGCUGCCGAGUGAUGAAGGUUAUGGCGAAAUUGAUGAUGUGGCGCGGGGUGCUGGGUCUGGGGAGAGGGGGGUCACUGAAGAGGAUGUGUACUUGUACCCUUGUGGUAUGAGUGCUAUUUGGCAUGCGCAUGAUAUCUCCCGGGUGGCACGGAGAGCGAGGGGAGAGGUGGAGGGUAAGAGUGUCUGUUAUGGCUUCCCCUACACCGACACUCUCAAGAUCCUCGACAAGUGGGGCCCGGGAUGUCAUUUCCUUGGUAUUGGCGGGGCUGAAGAGGUCGAAGCCCUUGAAGAGCUCCUUAUCGCGAGUGAAAAGAACCCCGAUGAAGGCCAAAUCCUCGCCCUCUUUUGCGAGUUCCCCUCCAACCCACUCCUCAAGAGUCCUGAUCUCGUCCGGAUUCGAAAGCUCGCCGACAAAUAUGGAUUUGUGAUUGUCGUCGACGAGACAAUCGGCAACUUUGUAAAUGUCGAGGUGGUCACUUUUGCGGAUAUCGUGGUCAGCAGUUUGACAAAGAUUUUUAGUGGAGAUUCAAACGUCAUGGGUGGAAGUCUGAUCUUGAACCCCAACGGGCCCCUGUACGCCGAUCUCAAGGCUGCCCAGGACUCUACCUACGAGGACCACUACUUCCCCGAAGACGCCGUCUACAUGGAACGUAAUUCACGAGACUAUCGCGCUCGUAUUGAAAAGGUCAAUAACAACGCGUACGACGUCUGUGACCUGCUCUACAGACGUUCCCUCGACGAUACCACAUCUCCUGCCGAAGGCAAAAUCAUCAAAAAGGUGUACUACCCCAGAUAUAUCACAUCUGAUACCUAUGCCGCAGCGCAAAGAAAGCAAACACUGGGCAAGGGCGGUUACGGUGGAUUGUUCUCUCUGACUUUCACCUCUCUUGCUGCUUCCCAGGCGUUCUUUGACACUUUGGAAUGCGCCAAGGGACCGUCACUGGGCACGAGCUUCACUUUGGCAUCGCCUUACACCAUCUUGGCUCACUACCUCGAGCUGGAUUGGGCGGCGCAAUAUGGUGUGGAGAAGGGAUUGGUCAGGAUCAGUGUGGGUCAAGAGGACAAGGCGGUGUUGAAGGGAUGGUUCGAGUCAGCUCUGGCGGCAGCGGAGACUGCCGAGAGGACUGCCAAAGCAAACGGAAUUAAUGAAUGA